AUGCCGAUUAGAAAAAGCAACAAAAUAAAAUUACGACACACCAAUGUGAGAGUAGCCUCAGACAAACCAGGAUUAGUUUCAGCAGAAGAUGCUGAAUCAGUACUAAUUCUGACUGAAGGAGAAUCAGCUAGGGCAUUUGCCUUAGCUGGUUUGGAGGCUACAAAUAACAAGAAGUGGGGAGUUCACUCCCUACAAGGAAAGCUCUUGAACGUGAGGGAUGCAACAGUACAACAAGUUGCUCAAAAUGAGGAGGUCCAGGCCUUGAUUAAGGUCCUUGGAUUGGAACAAGGUAGGACCUAUGAUUCGUUGAGCAACUUGAAGUACAGAAGUUUAUUGGUCAUGGCUGAUCAAGAUCUUGACGGAAGUCAUAUCACCGGCCUGAUCAUAAACUUCUUAGAUUGCUUGUUCCCUUCACUUUUAAGACAAUAUUUCCUACAAAAAUUUGUUACUCCAAUUGUGAAGUGCACAAAAGACAAAACAGAGAAUAAAGUGUCUACAUUGGCUGGAUAUGUUUCUGACAACUCUGCAUACCACCAUGGUGAAUCCAGUCUUCACUCAACUAUAAUUAAACUUGCACAAGACUUUGUAGGAUCCAACAACAUCAAUCUACUAGAACCUAUUGGCCAGUUUGGGAAAAGAAAUGAUGGUGGUAAAAGUCCAGCAAGUGCACAUUAUAUUAAAACCAAGCUCUCAAGAUUUGCAAGAUUAAUUUACCACCCAGAUGAUGAUAUUUUAUUAGACUACCUGAAUGAUGAUGGUAAAAGUAUUGAACCUAAAUGGUACGUUCCUAUCAUUCCAAUGGUAAUGAUCAAUGGUGCAGAAGGCAUAGGAACAGGUUGGAGCACCAGUAUUCCUAAUUUCAAUCCCAAGGACAUUAUUGACAAUUUGAAAAGAAAGAUCAAAGAUGAAGAUAUGGUCCCAAUGCAUCCUUGGUAUCGUGGAUUUUAUGGAGAGAUCAAACCAACUGAGCUCAAUAAAUACACAUCACAUGGAAUAAUUUCCAAAACAAAUGAUACACAUGUUGUAAUAUCAGAACUACCAGUUCGCAAGUGGACUGAGGAUUACAUAUCCAAAACUCUUAAUGAUUUCAGAGAAAACAACACAAUCAGUAACAUUUCUAGAAACAAUUGCACUAAUGAAAUGAUAGAUCUUGAAAUUGAAUUAACUGUUGAGCAAAUGGAAAAAGCAGAGGAAAAGGGACUCAAAAAGGCAUUCCAAUUAACAAAUUUUCUGACAAUGUCAAAUAUGAUUUGUUUUGAUUCAAACAAUAAACUUGCAAAGUAUGACUCCCCAGAAGACAUCAUAGAAGAAUUUUACCAUGAACGAUUGAAGCUUUAUGUUGAAAGAAAAAAUCACUUGAUUAAAGAUUUGCAGAAACAAAUUAGUAUAAUUGAUGGUAAAGUAAAGUUUAUUAAUAUGAAGCUUGACUCAACAUUAAAGUUUGAAGGAUUAAAGAAGGCAGAAAUCAUAAAACUUCUUGAAUCCCAUGAAUUUGAGAAAAUAUACAAUGUGCAGCCUGAAGAAGAUUCAUCUGAGAGUACUGAGAUCAACAGAAACAUCAAAGGAUAUGAUUACCUUAUGAAUCUUACAUGUUGGGACUUUAGUAGAGAAGAAGUGGACAAAUAUGAAAAUAAAAAGAAGUCUCUAUAUUCUGAAUUGGAAACAAUUUCAGAAAUAAGCACUCAAGAUUUAUGGCUCAAGGAUCUUGAGAAACUUGAAGCAGCAUGGGUGGAUGCCAAUCAAGAAAAUGUAUCAACUUCUACCCAUGAAAAUAUUGAAGAUGAAACAGAAGAAAUAAUUUCAGAAAUUAACACUCAAAAUUUACAGCUCAAGGAUCUCAAUGAACUUGAAGCAGCAUUGGACAGGUUUGUGGAUGCCAAUCAAAAAGAAAAUGCAUCAACUUCUACUGAUGUUAAUAUUGAUUCAGAUGAAACAGAUGCAACUGAAGAAAUAAUUUCAGAAAUGAGCACUCAAAAUUUAUGGCUCGAGGAUCUCAAUGAACCUGAGGCAUCAACUUCUACUGGGACAGCUGCAAGCAGCAGCAAAAGAAAAGCAAAAAAAAUGGUUGAUGAAGCUGGAUCAACCAAAAAAAAAAAAAAGAUGAAAAAUUUACCAAAUA